AUGGUGAAGCAGAUAAGAAGAUACGCUCUAUUUCAAGCCACGCCAGAUUCUGAGUUCGUGAAGGAGAUGUACGGAGGCUACUUCAACGUAUUCGUGUCGGCUUUCGGAGACGAAGGAGAGCAAUGGGAUCUUUUCCGUGUGAUCGACGGCGAGUUUCCUCGCGACGAAGAUCUUGAGAAGUAUGAGGGAUUCGUCAUUAGUGGGAGUUUACAUGACGCUUUCACAGAAGAGGAUUGGAUCAUUGAGCUUUGCUCUGUUUGCAAAAAACUUGAUGUGAUGAAGAAGAAAAUUCUUGGCAUAUGCUUUGGUCACCAGAUCAUAUGUAGAGUAAGAGGUGGGAAAGUGGGAAGGGCUCGUAAAGGACCAGACAUAGGCCUCGGUAACAUAACGAUCGUUCAAGAUGUGAUCAAACCGGGUGAUUACUUCGAUCAAAUCGAGUCAUUGUCGAUCAUACAAUGUCAUCGAGACGAAGUACUUGAGCCUCCAGAGUCGGCUAGAGUCAUAGGAUUCUCAGACAAAUGCGACGUUGAGAUAUUCUCAGUGGAAGAUCACUUGCUUUGCUUUCAAGGUCAUCCCGAGUAUAACAAAGAGAUUCUCCUUGAGAUCAUUGAUCGUGUCCACAAGAUCAAAUUUGUUGAGGAGGAAAUUUUGGAGAAAGCAAAGGAUUCGAUCAAGAAGUUUGAACCAGACACGCAGCGUUUGCACAUGCUUUGCAAGAAUUUUCUGAAAGGACGAAGAACCCACUAAUUGGUUUAGUUUCCACGUUCAUGGUCUAAAUAAAUUCUACUACGUUUGUGUAAUUUCAUAACUAUUAUAUGGUCAUGGUCAUCACAUAAUGUAACAUAUCUUCGCUUUUAACUAAAUUAC